CGGGGGUCCCUUCCGCGGGGAGGCGGGGGCGAACCGGGGCGGGCAGAGCUCCUCGUUCGUGGCUCUGUCCAAGGUCUCUUGGAAUCGCUUCUCCUCCAGAGCGCUGGGCCAGCGCCUCGAUGCUUUCGUUCUUUCCUAGAUAACUUCAGUUAUUUUCUGGUCAGAUGUGGAGCUCCUCCUGUGGCUCCGCUCGGCUUUUUCAUCACUCCUUGGAUGGACAAGUGACAGUCAGCUCCCUCUUACGGUCGAGACAAAAGACUGUUUUUUAAUGUGGUUGUAGAGGGAGUUCUGUCAGUCUGGCAGGUUCAGCAAAUGCUGCACCUCGUUGUUUUGUGCUGUCUUUGCAGAAUUUUGACCUUGAAGUAGAAAGGCCUCUGGGGCAGAAAACGUCAAACUACGGAAACAGCUGGACAUUAUUUUCUAUUUUUUUUUCCCUAGGAUCCAUUCAGUUGUAGAACUUCUAACAUUUAAGUGACAUCUCAGUGGAGGGAAUGCAGUUUGCUUUGAUGCUAGCACGAGUUACAUGCAGCUUUCUGGUUUCAGAUAAUUGUAGUGUCCUUUUGGAAGGAAUGAGGGGAUGAGAAUCUUCCUCUUAAACAUGAAGGUGUUCAGGCUUGUGGCUCAUGUGAUUUGCAUGUCAAAUUCAGUCAGCUGUAUGCUUUGGAAGCCUUCAGCAAGGUUUGGAAGUUGCUGCUUUGCGCACAGAGACUUAGCACAGCUAUUCAGAGGGCUGGAGUGUGGCAGGCAUGCUCAGGCUGCCCGACUGGGAGCAUGGAGGAAGGAGGGAAUAGACUUUGAGAGCCUUGAUCUUGGAGCAGUCUUUUCCAUCUUCCCCUUGUCCGGUACUUCAGCCUUAUCUUCUGUAUGUAGUACACAGACAAAGGAAGAAUCCAAAUACAACUGAAGACCAUGGCAACACACUGGAGAAGAAUCCUGACAGUAUUUGUGAUAGCUCAAGUACUAUUUGUGGUAAAUGCUUUUGAGGAAGAGGAUGUACCCGAGGAAUGGAUUCUUCUUCAUGUUGUCCAAGGUCAGAUUGGAGCAGGAAACUACAGCUAUUUGAGACUAAAUCAUGAGGGAAAGAUUGUUCUUCAAAUGCAGAGUUUAAAAGGUGACGCAGACUUGUACGUGUCUGAUGUGACACUUCACCCCAGCUUUGACGAGUACGAGUUACAGUCUGUGACUUGCGGCCAGGACAUCGUCCACGUGCCUGCACACUUUCGCCGCCCUGUGGGAAUAGGGAUUUAUGGCCACCCCUCUCACCUGGAGAGCGAGUUUGAAAUGAAGGUGUACUACGAUCGAACAGUUGUACAGUACCCAUUUGGAGAGGCUUCUUACAACCCUGAGGAGAUGGAGGCAAACCAGAAAUACUCACAGUCUACAGAAGAUGAAUCUCAGGAUGAGGAGUCUGUUUUCUGGACUAUACUUAUUGGAAUCUUGAAAUUAAUACUUGAAAUCCUUUUUUAAAUUGAUACACACUGGACUUAAGUCACACUUUAUCCUGUGAAAUUGGUUUGAAUGAAUUGCUGUAAUGCUCACUAUGUUUCCUGAAGAGAUAUCCAGGUUACAUUUCCAAAACCAGAAAGGAAGUGGGGAGAAAAAGCCAUAUUUAAUUUUUUUAUUGUAAUUCCUCCCCAAUAUGUAAAAUGAGCAACCAGGACAGUAUUUGCAGUGCUCUUCAGAGAUCAGGGCUUAAAAAUGAAUGUAUAGUUGGGAUCUAGUUAAAUUCCCUUAAAAUAGGUGCUUAGGAAAAUCAAUUCCAAUUCAGUAUUUUCUAUUGUUUUUUUAUAAAGAAAAAUUAAUAAACUACUGCACUUCAGCCCCCCUGUCAAUUUCGAGCAUAUUUAAAAAUAAAACCUGCUUGUUUUCUGAGCAAGCAUCUUCAGUAAAACUGAUCAGCAACAUGUUUGAGUGUAUUCAUGAAGUUGAGAGCUAGCUUAGGGUGAAGGAAGGAGAAAACAAUCAGCCACGUAAGGUAAUAGAUAGUCUGUUAUUUUGACUGUGUGUGCUCUACAUCACACCAGCCAUCUGUCAAGCAGAGGUUGGUCCAGUCACUCAUCACCACUACAAAUUCAUGACCUGAAUCAAGUGCAUGUUGCUUCUUUGCUAUUAGUGCAGGGGGAGGGAGCCUUCAGCUGUUGUUACUUAUCAAUAUGACAUUUUCAUCUCAUUAAAAACAACGCAGCAUAUAGGUAUCUCAAACUUGAGAGGUGCUUUCUUACACUUCCCUUGAUAGCUUUUUGUGGGGUUUUUUUCAAGCACAUAUUUAUCAAUAAGGCUUGCACAGAAAGUUUCUGCUGAAAGGGAUUUGCAGUAUCUUGUAAGAAGGUAAUCUCAUACCUACUAUUCCUUAGAAGUUACUUUUACCAGGAAUACUUUUUGCUUUGGUUAUUUCAGAAUAAUCAGUUGCUAUGCAGAUAAAGUACAUUAAAUUGCUCUGUAAUUUUCUUUUCACAGAGCUUACUGAUAAGUGCACUGAAAUAAAAAAGUAUGUUGCUAUAAUUUUAUACAAAUGCAUGUAUAAUUUAAAUUUCAUUACCGAAAAACUUUUCUUUUUUGAGUGGUAAUUUGGCUUGCCUCUCUCAACACCUGACAGGACAUUAGUGACUUGUAUCACAAAAAAUCACUAUAUAGACAAAGUUUAUUUAGUAAAAAGAAAAAAGUGGUAUUGCUCCUCUUAUAGAGUGGUUGAUUAAAUAGCACCAGAGUAUCACUUUAAUUUGUGCAGUUAAGUUUUGGACAGCAAAUGUUUGGGGCUUUCUUAGCCCUCCUUGCUGUUUUUCCCCCUUCUUCCUCCUCUUCUGGGUACAGGAGGGUCUUUCUGACAACAAUCACAAAUCCAGCGACCUAAGAAAAGAAAGUUAUCAAUUAUUGGGAAACUAAGUUUGUUACUAUCUUACCUAUUUAGGCAGCCCUUCACCAUUCUGUUAGGUGCUUAUCUAUUUGCAGUAUUUCCUUUAAUGUGAACAACAAAUGCUUUUAAAAUUGAGCAUCUUUUCUGUAAAGCAGCACAUACAAUUCAUGCUCCCUUGCAGACUCAUCAUGUGUAACCACUGGCUACACCAAUCUUCAUGGACCUCAAGAAGUGCCAAGGAGGUGGUUAUUAGGUAAGAGCUUUACAAACAGUGCUCGAGUUUGCCAGUCAUAUUUUUAGGUGAAUGACUACAGUUCAAGGUUGUGAAGUUACCCAGUGCAGAAAUCAAUGGCAGCUGGUGAAGCAUUUAACUUUUUAUUACAACAGCUGGAAUCAAAGGCUGUUUUGGUAAUUUUGCAGAUUUGUAGAUAUAUAAUCUAUUUUGAUUAUAUUCUUAGGUCAGCCUCAAAGUGAAAUCAGCCACAGAACCUGUAGGAAAGUGACAGCUAGCUGCAGUGCUUCCCAAAAUGGGGCAGUUCAGUGUGUUUUAAGUACUGUCAGGGAAUACUGUCACUACCACUGAAUACGUAUUCAUGAACUUACCAUGAACAUAGAAUUACAUGUAAAGCAACAGUACCACCUGCUAUUUUCUUUCUACUGCCCCGAGUUGGCCACAUGAUGAGUGACUUGACAAUUGAAAGCUACUGGCUUGCCUACCUACCUAUGGAGGUACUUAUGUUGCAGUUUUGAUGUUUAAGAAUAAAAAAGGGAAUGAAAGGGCUUAAAGAUAUUUACAAAUAUUGAGAUUACUAUUUCUUUUAAAAGUUAAAACAGCACAAUUAAUGUGAAAGCUAUACUCUAGCAAUAUGCAGCAAUACAGUUUCUUUUACAGGUUUCUUCAAUGAAAAGAGGUAAUUAUUGUCAGUAUUCUGUGGAUAUGGAGAAAGCAUAGUUCUGAGUGAGCCUGUUUGGGUUAUGCUGUAAAAGCCAAUUAUAUUUCCUGCACAGGAAUUGCGAGGUUUAACUCUGCACAACCAAAUAUACAGAAAUAAAGCUUAGUAAAAAAAUUGGGUCCUGUAGUGUAAAUGCUUUCCUAUAGUGUUUCUUACCCUUCACACUUGUUUUAAACUAUUCUUUCAAAAGAAUAUGUAUUAAUUCAUUGUUCAUGUAUUAACUCUGAGAAUCAGCCCAGGACUCACAGGAAGUGGGAAGGGAACAAGUAACUCUUACUUUAUUACCUGAAGGGAUAGCAUCAAGCCCCACACAAAAAGUGUGAUAACCACGGUCACAUACAUCACAGAACAUCAUUUCUUCUUCAUGGUGAGGCUGCCCACAUAUAAUGCACGUUUUACACUCCAUACAUUGCCAAGGGUAAGUCUUAAUCAUAGCAACAAGCUCCGGGGUCAUAUCAAGGCAAGAAGGGUGGCCUAGAUUAAAAUCAGUAUUAUUACUUUUAUGCCUGAAAUGAAAUUUAAAAGUAGUUAGACUGUUUACUUUUACCAAAUAUGAAGCUUAGCUCACCUCCUGGUGAGAUCCCACAUUGUGAGCACAGAGAACACGAAAGAGAGAUAGGGUUGUAACAAAGGAAAGAAAAGGCAACUGAACUUUUGCUACACAUGGAGUAUACUAAAUAUGUUCACAAACAGAUCUGGAUCCUAGGAAUCGACUUAGUGGAUGUAGAUACUCACCACUGUUGUCACACUGGGAGCAAUGUAUAAGAGCUUCAGGUUUUCCUUUCUUGUUGGACUCCUUACCCUUCAGACAAAUUCCACAUAUAGCAUUUGGAAUGACCUUUGGCUGGAAGGGUAGAAGAGGGCUAUAAAUUCAUUCCAGAAGAAUUUACAGAUUCAACAGGAAAUGUCAUCUAUCUCCUUAACUAUUAAAAUCAAUAAACUAUCUGUCAGGAUGUGCGAACCCUAAAACAUGUGACAAUCAAUGACAAGCAGCAGCACUGAAAAAAUCAUAGAUUUAUCUACAUGAAAUUUUGCAUUUGUCAUAUAUAGUGAGUUAUAUGUAAAUCCAAUUGGAUCGAAAGCACGUACUUGCCUCUUCCUAUUAAUUCAUCAGCUAACAUUCUUCUCAUGGCAAACUAAAUGAGACAUAGGGUGAAAAAUUUCAGGAAGAUUCUUCCAAUAUAGAAUACUCUUUAUGAACUUCUGUAUGGAUUUCCUGUUUAUGAAGGAAAUAUAUAUAUUUUUGCAUUACAUUUGUCCCUAUAUAUAGAAAAUUAAUUAUAAAAGCAAUAAACUUGAUAUUUUCUAUCUUCAGUUUCAAAUUAUCUGGUUAGUUAUGCAGGGCUGUAUUUCUUUUACCGUUCCUUCUUGUAUCAAGUCAUAAUCAUUUAAGAAACAAAAGCCUUGCAUUUGACUAGAGAUUUGCAUUUAUAAUUUUUCUAAGUUAUCAAUCUAGAGUGUGUCUGGGUCCAUGAGAUCCAUUUAAAGGGUAAGGGAAAUAGUAGGCUGUUCAAAUGUGGAAUAUCUGCCUGGGUAUUCUGUGUGUCAACUCUGUAGCUACAACAAGAGUUUCAUCCUGAUGAGGCCUGAGGAAGAAUUACAGCAUUCUGAAUUUCAGAAACAUGGCAGUAGUUACACUGUUGAGCUUUGACUGCUGCAUAAUGAAAUUAGUGAGAAAUGUAGUCUACAAUUAAAGUAGUACUCACUGAUGUUAAACUGACUAGUGCCAGUUUUAAAAAACAGUGUAUCUGCGAAGACCCAGCUAGCAGAGGAAGCUGAAGGCUCUAAAAAGCUUGUCAGUAAGAAUACCAGUCAACUACCAACCACUCGCAGGGAGAAGAAUGAGGUUUAAUUUUACAACAAAUUUAAAAAGUGAAAACACUAAUUAAAUAAAUAAAUAAAAUUACAAAGAUCUUUUGCAAUACAACUUAGCUUCAAGUGUGUUUAUUUCCCCAGGCAGUUUUUGACAGCACCUAGCAAGGUAAUUAGUAUUUUGAUUCAUUUUUAAAGUAUCAGGAUGCAUUGCUUUAAGUUUUCUGAAGUUUUCAAUGUGCUUUUCAUGUCAAAACAUGGCUACAGCCCGCUUCAAAUUGUUCGGUCUAAGGAGUUUUAUUCAAGAAAGCAAAACACCACACCAAAUAUUUAGAGGUAACUUCCUUCAAAAGAUGACAGAGGCAUUCAAAGACAUUUUUUGCUUAUUUAUUUUAAAAAAGCAAAGUCAACCUGUUUUAUACAUAAAUAUAAUAAAACAGUAAAAGAAGUCUAGCACACAAACAUCUCUACAAAAUAAUAAAUAUAAUGGAAGGAAAACCACGCAUAAACUCUUUUACUGUUAACUAUACUACGUGUCCUACAUGUAUACCUUUAUACCCUGCUCCUCUCAACAAAAGUGGCACAUGCUUAAACCUUGUCAGUGUGGCAGCAUUUACCCUUCCAUUGUUUAGGCUAUUUUUUAUUUUUAAAUUGUACUGUCAUCUAAGAAACCUAGCCUUUCUAGAAUAGCAAGCAAAUUUUUCUAAUCAGACUUCUGGCUUGUUACAGAUAUGUAUUUUACUCCCUUUAAUACAAAACAACACACUCCCCAGUACUCCAGCCAAAGUGAGUUGCUUUUUGGACACAUCCAGGCAUUAUAGGUGUGCGCAGUUCACAUUCUGAUACACAUAAGUCUCAAGGUAGACAUUGUUACAGAUGCAUUUAUUAACAAUGCUGCCAUCUAGUCUUAGUUCACUAACCUGUUUUCAUUAGAAACAGUGCAUAUUGAGCGGGGGGUGAGAAUCACAGUCUUUUAAGAAUGAAGUUCCAACAGUAUGGAAGUAUUUUUACAAAAACAAAACAAAAUUUUUUUUU